UCAAAAUGGCGACAUUUCCGAAGGUAAACACGACUGACAGCUUUCAAAUCGAGACGUAGGCUAUAACGUAACGCUACAUCAAGUCACUCUACAUUUGAUUUUGAAAAAUGAAAAUAUGUUUUCAUGCUUUGUGUGGUAUGGUGUUGCUGCUCUCCUUACCUUUCUGUGUCACCAGUCCAGUGCCGAUAGGAACGUUUCAGACCAAAUGUCUUGAACGUCACUUUUGGCUUUCUGUCAAGUUCAGCUUCCUUGGCCUGAUGAUCCGUUUUGACUUUGAAGACCAGUAUGGAUUCCACAUCUUGUCUGAUCAGGAGGCCACACUCUGUGGUUACACUGUCCUAAUCAAUGCUGUUGGAGACCUGGUGUUUCGUGCCUCCUUCCUGGCUUGUCACGUCCACAGCGAGAGAGGCAUCGACUAUCGCCUGCGUCUUUGGUUUGUGAACCUGCAGGCCGAUGGGAAGGUGGCGGCGGCAUAUCCCUUUCAGCUCCACUGCUCACUCCGGGGGCAGUGGAGCACCAGAGAGAUCGUCUGUGAGGAAAACUACAUGGAGGUGUCCAUCCAGCAGCCUAUCCUGCGAAAUGAGAAGAAGGGAGCUGCUGAGGCAGACAUGGCUGUGAUGUUCCACAGAGAGGACCACCCGCAAGAGGAAGCGAGGGUAUUGUCCCUGAUGGAGGCUGCUGCUCUGGGCUACCACAUCUCAGUGCGUGGCUCUCACCUCACCCUCCGCUGUUCCUACUCCUCCCCUCUCUCAUACUUUGUCAAGGAGAGGGGAGUGGAUUUAGAGAUUGUCAGAGCAACCAUCCUGUACCGAAUCCAGAGCUACUUCCUCACUGUUGACACCACUGUUGCCUGUGCUCUGAAUGAGGCUACAGCAGAUGGGUCUGACCUGCUCUGGACUGUCCCUUAUAUUCUGUCUCCGUUAGUCCAUGGUCAGUUCAGGGACAGAGGCAUGAGGAUGGGAGUGAAAGGCCGGGCUCUAAGUGAGUCUGAAAAUAAAGAGAGGGGAUACAAGAUCGACCUGCGGGAGGGGAGAGUGGAGGUCAGGAUUCCUUUGGGAGCCCAUGGUGGACACAUUAAGAGUGGUGUUGUGAGGGGACGGUACAGCCAGUCCAUGUCUGCGGAUCUUUUCUUCAUGAGUCAGUGGGAGGACGAGCGCUGGCCGCUCACACAGCAUCGCACCUCCAGGCUCCUUAAGACUCCUUUCAUCCCACAAAUCCUCUUCACCAACAACACAGUCCUAUCUGAGGGAUUGUUUUCUGUCACCUUAGGUCUCUUUGCGCCUGACGUUUCCUUGCAGAAGGUGACAGUAGAUAGUGGUGGUGACCUUUUAACCUGGACCCAGAGUGACACAGACAGCUUCAGAGUAUCCAGGCUCUCCCACUCUAAUGGGAGCCACUCCUACCAGCUUGGUUUCCCAUUGUCACACCCAAAAAUAAUCCCAGAGCAUAUAGGUGGUGGCUAUGAGACGUACAGCCUCUCUUUCACCUUUACUCUUAACAUUGUACCCAACGGAGAAGUGUUUUACCAUCAAGCCACUAUAGAGCAGAGUGUUGAAUAUGCAGCUCCUGGUUCCCCGAAGCUGGAGGGGAAGUGCACAGAGAAGAGCCUGCUGGUGCUGCUGCACCACGGGGCCCAGCCUGACCUGCAGUGGGAGCUCUUCCUCGGAGCUCGCAAACUGGACUGGGACCUGGUGGAGAUGGGUGGGUUCGUGGUGGAGACGGAGGAGGACUACUUGACUGUGGAGAUCCCCCUCUACAGCCCUGGAAUGAACUAUGUGGAGCUGACAUUGCGGGGUCUUGUGUCUAGGGUGGAAGUGUCUGUUGUGGAUGCAGAGUCUCUGAAAGUGGAGGACAGUCUUGUCCAUGAAUGCACUUUUCCUGUUGGAGAACUCCUAGUAUGUUUGCCAGAAGGGAGGAUGGUGGCAGUAGUCGACACCACCCGCACCAUCCCGCCCACUCACCCCAACCGGACCACCCUAUUGGACCCCAGUUGUGUUCCCAUGGAGACGGACAGUGCCAGAGCAAUGUUCAGCUUCAGCCUGGACUCCUGUGGGACAACUGUAAUUACCGAGGGAAAUGUCAUUGUUUAUGAAAACCAGAUCAGUUACCCUCAAGAUUUACUGCCUUUAGAUGAUCCUCUCAUACACAGAGAUUCUCCAUACAGGCUCACAAUUCAGUGUCGUUACCCAGCAAACGAUAGUAGUACUCUCGCUAUCCAACACCCUUUGAACUCCUCUCUGAACCUUUCACCCGUGCCAGUCAAACGCACCCGCAGGGAAGCUGCAAACACAGGCCAAAGGAGAUGGAGAGUGAAUUUGGAGGGACAGCAAAACCUUCGUCUCGUGUGGAUCGCUUGGAUUCAUGUCUCCGUUCUGCUGCUGCUGAUGCUCUGCACAUGUUUUUGCAUACCUCACCUGUAAAUGAAAUAAAUUAAUGCUAUUUUUUUAUUAGGUCCUUAUUGUAAGUUAUUUUAUGUUUGUGUUUUUAUUUUAUUUUUAUUUAGUAUUUAUCCUGACAAGAUGAAGAAGAAGAAAUUCAAUGAAUGGAACUGUUUCUUUUUGAAAACAUGCAUGCCAAUGUCAAUGUUAUUUAUAGCACCUUUCAUUACACCUAAACCCAAAGUGCUUUACACUUUUGAUUUU